AUGGACGGCUCCCAGUACGCAGCGCUGGCGAGCCCCGCGGUCGCGCCGCCGCCACCGACGACGCGGAAGCGCGUCUUCCAGAUCACGGUCGCCGAGAGCAUGGCAACCGGCCCGUCCUUCAUCUACCAGGAAGAGCUCGGGAAGCAUGAGAACAUCACGCCGCCGGCCGACGAGCUCAAUGCGAUCCGCAACGACCUCGAGAAGCCCAAGCACCUCCUCGGCGAGUGGCCCUCGACGGCGAUCUGCGGCAACGACAUCAUGUCCAGCGUCAUGUACUCGUCCGGCAUCGUCUCGUUGAAGGCCGGGAAGCUCGCGCCCAUCUGCAUGGGCAUGAUCUCGCUCAUCUUGUACAUGUUCCGCUUCAUCUACGAAGAAGUGGUCACGGCGAUUCCCAUGAAUGGCGGGUCGUACAACUGCCUCCUCAACACGACGUCCAAGCGCUUUGCGUCGUUUGCGGCCGUGCUUAGCAUCCUCGCGUACACGGCGACGGCGGUUGUCUCCGGGACGUCGGCGUGCUACUACCUCCAGUACUCGGUCCCGUCGCUGCCGGUCGUGGGCACGACGAUCGGGCUACUCGGCUUCUUUGCGCUCCUCGUGCUCAUUGGCAUUGCCGAAUCGUCGAUCGUCGCGCUCGUCAUCUUUAGCUUUCACAUCCUCACGCUCGGGAUCCUCGUCGUCGCCUCGCUCAUCCACACGAUCCAGAACCCCGAGAUCAUCCAGGCCAACUACCAUUCGGCGUACCCGCACGUCGACUUUGUCGGCUCGGUCAUUGACGGCAACGUGUUUACAGCCAUUUUCUUUGGCUUUUCGGCGUCGAUGCUCGGCGUGACGGGGUUCGAAUCGUCCGCCAACUUUGUCGAGCAGCAACAGCCCGGUGUCUUUCGCAAGACGCUGCGCAACAUGUGGGCGUUCUCGUCGUUUUACAACAUUUCGCUCUCGAUUCUCUCGAUGGGCGUGCUUCCGAUCUACGGACCAUCGGGCCUUCAAGCCAACGCCAACACGGUGCUGGCCAAUAUGGCCCAAGUCGCGGCCGGCGACUGGCUCGCGUGGAUGGUCUCGAUCGAUGCGUUUGUCGUCUUGUCCGGCGCCGUCUUGACCUCGUACGUCGGAAUCAACGGCCUCGUGCGUCGCCUCUCGUCUGACCGCGUCAUGCCGUCGAUCCUUGCGGCUGAGAACAAGUGGCGCGGUACCAACCACUGGAUCAUCCUCGCCUUCUUCCUCCUCAACGCGUCGCUGGUCUUGCUCUUGGACGGCGACAAUGUCAUCCUCGGCGGUGUCUACACGUACUCGUUCCUCUCGCUCAUGUUUCUCUUUGCGAUGGGCUGCAUGAUGCUCAAGAUCAAGCGCCAAGACAUUCCGCGCGACGUCCACGCACCGUGGUGGGCCUGCAUCUCGGGCGCGACGCUGAUUGCGAUCGGGUACUUUGGCAUCCUCCUCGGUGACCCGGCGGUGCUCAUGUACUUCGCGUACUACGCCCUCGGUGUUGCGUUUGUCGUCUAUAUGAUGCUGGCGCGCGUGACGGUCCUUCGCUGCUUGAUCUUUUUGGCCAACUUGCUGCCGCACAAGCGCGCGACCAAGCUCGAGAUCAACGAGGAGAUUGAGCGCCGCGCGGCUGAGAUGGACGUGGUCGUCAAGGAAGACAACAUUCGGUUUUUCGAGCGCGAAAACAAGCGUGUCGCGCUGCUUGUCAAGACGAUCAAGGCCAUCAAGACGCAGCCGUUUGUCUUCUUCGUCAAGUCCCCGGACCUCACAGUCCUCAACAAGGUCAUCUUGUAUGUCCGCAACAACGAGAUGACGACGACGCUCCGAUUCGUGCACGUCUAUCCCGACGUGACGGACGAAGCGAUGGAUACCAUUCAUGCGCUUCAGGAGAUGGUUGCGCUCUUUGAUCGGAUUUACCCCAAGAUCAAGACGGACUUUGUGUCGAUCCACGCGUCGUUUAGCCCCGCGACUAUCAUGUGGCUCAGCAAGGAGUACAAGAUGCCGACCAACAUGAUGUUUAUCAAGCAGCCCACCAACUCGACCGUGCACAAGGUCUCGGGCUGCGGCGUCCGCGUCAUUACGGGCUAA